ACACGAAGCCGCGUGUGACGUCAUGCCACGAAUGUCACAAAACGAGACGGAAGAAGUUGAUGGAAGAAAGAAAAUUUAAUGCAAGCAAAGGAAAAAUAAAUAAAAGAAAAUGGUCUCAAAACGACGUCCACUUCAUCCAUCGGGGCAGAAUAUGAACUUCCGGGGUAGUGCAGCUGCCGAUGGGCGUGCUGAAUCAAAGGGUACGCGCCCCACAACGGCCCCCACAUCUGUGUGGGAAGUCCUGACAAUGAUGGUGCUGUAUGUGUGCAAGAAAGCCAUCUUCUACGAUAUAAAUCUCAAAGUUGCCAUCUACCUGGGCAGCCUCUUCCUCGUGUCUCUCAUUGGGGACUUUAUCCCCUAUCCCAGGACGUACUUCUCAAGGUCAGAUAACUUGUUUAAUCAGUACUUUGUGAAAAUUGGAUGGUUCUGGACGCUAAUCCUCACAAUUCCCUACACAUUCAUCACAUCCUACAUCCUCUGCUGUGGGGAUGCCAAGAGAAUGGUUAAGCAUCAUAUUGUCCGGAUUGCAAUUGCCACAGGUGUGUGGUACAUGUGGACAUCAAUGUUUAAUAUCAUUGAAUCAUCUCUGGGACGAUGCACAGAUCGUAGAUUUGACACAAAGCCCACGUGCCUGAAGGCGGGACACCUUUGGAAUGGUUUUGACAUCUCCGGGCAUGCAUUCAUCCUCAUCUACUCCAGCCUCAUGCUGAUCGAGGAAGCACGCCCAAUUGUUUGCUGGGAAGCAAUAAAGGAGCAUCUGCGCAAUGAGGAGCACAAUAGAACGACAAUGGACAGCGCAGCUGCCCGGAAUCCCCUGACAAAUCUCAAAGAUGACGAAAUUGCCCGACUUAGCUACCUCUACACGCGCUACACGCCCAUUGUGCGCCUCCUCUUUGUCGCCAUGACGGUCCUUCAGCUUCUCUGGGACGUCAUGCUCGUGUCCACAAUGCUGUACUUCCACAAGAUGAUUGAGAAGGUUGUUGGGGGUAUUAUUGCCAUUCUCAUGUGGUUCUUCACAUAUCGCUUCUGGUAUGCCAUGCCGACAAUCCUCCCGGAUCCCGUGGGUAAAGGAUUAUUCGCCUAUCAGAAGGAGAAAGCCCGCCCGGAACCGAUUCCCUUGCGCCGGAAUCCGAGUGUGAUCAUUAAUCCGUCAACGGGGAAGCCAAUUCCUCGUUUCAUGGGGAUGCCACUGUACACGGGGAGACCCGAAGCAGCAAACACCACAAACAUCAGCAAUGGAUUGAACCCCGAACCCGGACCAAGUCGAUACUGAUUGGGGUGAGUGGGGAGUUGUAUCAUGGGAAUGGUGGGAAUUGCGGCGGUUGUGCCUUUAUCUCUCUCUAUCCACAAGUAAGAUGAAUUCUCGAAAAUACGCAGAAAUUCUUUGAAAGAAAUUAAAGUUUAUUUUGUGAGGGAAAAGAACAAAGAACUCUAGAGAGUUAGAUUCAGGUGAAUAAGGACAAUCUAUAGCAGGAGCGAAUCCAGGAGUUUUUCUAUUUUUUUCGAGGGCGGAUGACAUUUUCUACAUUUAUCGGGUGUUUUAACUAAUUUUCAAUUUUUUUAUUAAAAAAUCUGACGGAAAAAAGAUAAAAUUGAGAUCUUUUGGCUAGUCACGUGAGCUGUUUGAGGAUUAAAAACCGAAUAUAACUUUUUAAAACUUUCAGGCUUGAUUCUAUAGUCCGUUUUGGGCUUAAAUUUAGUUCAUUUAAGUCUUAAAUUUAGUCCGCUUUGGGUUUCAAUUUAGUCCACUUCGGGUUUGAAUUUAAUCCUUUUUAGGAUUUUGCGUCUUAAUCAGAUCAUUUUAGGGCUAAAGUCGAAUAACGUUAAUUCAAUAUGAUUUUAUUACUUUAUUUUACAUGAAUAAGGCUCAAAUUGAGAAGAAAAUGUUUAAAAAAAAUACUUUAAUACAAGUCUAGAAAAUACUUAAUUCAAAUCUGAGAAGUAUUUAACUCAAGCCGAAAUUAUUGGAGGAGCAAAAGUCCAAAAGGUAGUAAAUUCAAGUUUAAAACGUAGUAAAUUCAAGCCUAAACCGGACUAAAAUCAACCGUAAAAGGAACUAAAUUCAAGCCUAAAAAUAGUUAUUCGGUUUUAGGUCCUCAAACGGCUGACUUUCGCCGAAAGAUCUCAAUUUUGGUACCUAUUUUUUCGCAAUCCUCAAAUAAAAGCUUUAUCAAAAUUAUAAAAGAAAUAAAAAAAUGAAAAUUUUGAUGAUUCAUUAAUUUUUAUUUAAACUUCUCUCAAUCAUUUUUCUUUGAUUUAAUUCAGAUUAAUUUCUUAAAUUGAGCAUCUUCUCAUUUAUAUUUUUUUAAAUUCAUCUGAUUAAGGGUCUCUGAAUAAGACACAAAAGCACAUGAAAAGCUCCAAAAGAAAAAGAAAAAAAUAAAUCUCCAUCCCUUGCACAAUUCAUCUUCAAGAAUCCUGCGUAUUUCCUUCGCAUUGCACCACACAAACUCCUCCACAAAUCACUUCCGGAAUCGGCUCUCUCCGAAUUAAAUUGCAAUACAAACUUUUCUUUCCUCAAACUCAUUUUAAUUUAUAAUUUCUAUUAUUAUAAUUCUGGAAUGUUGUGUUCUUUCAUUUUGUUGUGUUUUUUUUUUUGUUGCGACUGUAAAUAAAUUUUUAUGCGAAUAAAGGGUUGAAAAUAAGGAA